AUGUUUGCUACCCUAAAAGCAGAAACUGAAGAAAAAGUCAAGGAGGGAGAUGGAGAAAAGCAGGCCCCAACGGUCUCUGUGACCCAGCAAGAAGCCCUCAGUGUCCCUCUACCUACCUCACCUGCAGCAGACAAAGCCAAGGACAUGCCUACAACACCAAGAACACCUGCUAUGCAACGUUUCCACAACACCCUCUCUCUCGUCGAAGCAGAGGUCAUAGAACUCAGAGAGAACAAGCUUCAAGAGGAGGACACUGUCCAGAAACGAAAAGAAGAGAUGAAACAGUUCAGGGAGGAGAGCAGAGCAUCUAUUGCUAAAUUAGAAAGCAGAAUGGACAAACUGAGUCAGACAAAUGAUGACCUCAGAGACCAUCUGAGCACAACAAGAAAGGAGCUAGAACAAAGAGAGAGGUACAUUGACACCCUCAACCAGCAGCUAGUCAAUAUGUCCUCUGCAUCUAGAGAAUAUGUCCACCAGCCUGGUACAACACCAGCAGAACCUGAGACCAGCAUGGCCUCCACCACACAGCCUGAUGACACUGCACCCGCCUACCAGUCUGCUCCAGCCCAGGUCAGCCAACCAGCGUCCCAGUCUGCUCUAGCCCAGGUCAGCCAACCAGCCACCCAGUCUGCUCUAGCCCAGGUCAGCCUACCUGCUUCCCAGUCUGCUCCAGCACAGUGUGCUCCAGCCCAGGUCAGCCAACCAGCGUCCCAGUCUGCUCCAGCCCAGGUCAGCCAACCAGCCUCUCAGUCUGCUCCAGCCCAGGUCAACCUACCAGCCUCUCAGUCUGCUCCAGCCCAGGUCAACCUACCAGCCUCUCAGUCUGCUCCAGCCCAGGUCAACCUACCAGCCUCUCAGUCUGCUCCAGCCCAGGUCAGCCAACCAGCCACCCAGUCUGCUCCAGCCCAGGUCAGCCAACCAGCCUCCCAGUCUGCUCCAGCCCAGGUCAGAAUACCAGUCUCCCAGUCUGCUCCACCCAGACAGUCACCCACAACUGCAUUCCUUAUUGAUUCAAAUGGGAAGUUCUUAGUCCAGGAAAGAUUAUUCCCUAGACACCAGGUGUAUAAGUUCUGGUGUCCUACAAUUGACAGUGCAAUGCAGAUACUCAGUCAGACCAGGAUUGACACCCCGGACAACAUCAUCAUCCACACUGGCACAAACGACCUUCAUGCCAAAGGUGAAAAUGUAUCUGGGGCAGUGAGAAGAGUGGCAGAACGGGCACAGGCUAGGUUCCCAACAACCAAUAUAGUUGUGUCCACCCUCCUACCAAGAAAAUACUUCCCAGGAAAGUUGAUUGAAAAAAUAAAAUCAACAGAUCACUGUGGACUGUGCCUCACUGCUCAACGUCAGAACGGCUCACCACCCCACUCUGACAUGUGAACACGUAUACGAUAAUGUACAUCUUGAUCAGGACAGUAUCAGAACCUUUGCCAAGGACCUAAAGGAUGCAACACUUGGCAGGGACCCACACACCCAUCACCCCAGCAACAGAGCCCCCCGCUCCACCUUCUGAAACAACAGUACCCCCACCAUCCCCAAGAGAGAAUAGCCAGACACGACUUAUUACAGCACAGCUCUACAAGACCAGGCCUAACACAGCACAGAUUUACCAGACCAGACCCGCCUCAGGACAGCACGACCAGACCCGUCCCAUCACAACACAGCUCUACUAGACCAGGCCCAUCACAACACAGCUCUACUAGACCCGGCCCAUCACAACACAGUUCUACUAGACCCGGCCCAUCAUAACACAGCUCUACUAGACCCGGCCCAUCACAACACAGUUCUACUAGACCCGGCCCAUCACAACACAGUUCUACUAGACCCGGCCCAUCACAACACAGCUCUACUAGACCAGGCCCAUCACAGCUCUACUAGACCCGGCCCAUCACAACACAGUUCUACUAGAACAGGCCCAUCACAACACAGUUCUACUAGACCAGGCCCAUCACAACACAGUUCUACUAGACCCGACCCAUCACAACACAGUUCUACUAGACCCGGCCCAUCACAACACAGUUCUACUAGACCAGGCCCAUCACAACACAGUUCUACUAGACCAGGCCCAUCACAACACAGUUCUACUAGACCCGACCCAUCACAACACAGUUCUACUAGACCCGGCCCAUCACAACACAGCUCUACUAGACCAGGCCCAUCACAACACAGUUCUACUAGACCCGGCCCAUCACAACACAGCUCUACUAGACCCGGCCCAUCACAACACAGUUCUACUAGACCAGGCCCAUCACAACACAGUUCUACUAGACCAGGCCCAUCACAACACAGUUCUACUAGACCCGACCCAUCACAACACAGUUCUACUAGACCCGGCCCAUCACAACACAGCUCUACUAGACCCGGCCCAUCACAACACAGUUCUACUAGACCCGGCCCAUCACAACACAGCUCUACUAGACCCGGCCCAUCACAACACAGCUCUACUAGACCCGGCCCAUCAUAACACAGUUCUACUGGACCUGGCCCAUCACAACACAGCUCUACCAGACCCGGCCCAUCACAACACAGCUCUACUAG